AUGCGUUUCGCACCUAUAGAGUUUACUGGCCAGAAUGUCAGUGGGCUAAUGGGCUCGAUAUCGAUUGCCUGCUGGGUCAUCGUUUUCGUGCCGCAGAUCUAUGAGAAUUUCUACAGAAAGUCUUCUAGUGGUCUUUCGCUACUGUUUGUUGUGCUGUGGUUAGCUGGUGACGUUUUCAAUUUGUUGGGAGCACUGUUGCAGCACCUGCUUUCCACAAUGAUCAUAUUGGCAGCAUACUAUACCGUCGCGGAUAUAAUACUGCUGGGCCAAUGUCUGUGGUACGAUAACGGGGAGGAGGAUGUCGUUGAGAUUGAUCCAGUACAUUUCUCCCCUGCCAACCCGGUGAACGAAAACGUGCUUCAAGAUGUCUUUCACGAACAUGAACCCCUGUUAAGGGUGACAAAAUCCCAUCGGAACUCUGACGUGGUCACCAACGAGUACCGUUCCAUAGAAGACGAAAUAAAUAGAAGCAUGGAUGCAGACGCUAACAACGAUUCCGAGGUAGAGGUCGUCCAAGAAACAUUGGACAGUGGUAACUAUACAAGCGACAUUGUCAUCGUGUCCACAGUCAUCAUGGCAGGGUUCAUAGCGUGGUAUAUACCGUACUGCAGGAACUACAACCCUACACCGUUGAAACCAAAACCAACACCAACAGACGUCGAGUUCAAUUGGCUCGCGCAGCUGUUCGGAUACCUGAGUGCGGUCCUAUACCUGGGUUCAAGGAUCCCGCAAAUCUUACUAAAUUUCAAGAGAAAGUCAUGCGAGGGUAUUUCGUUUCUGUUCUUUCUGUUCGCAUGUCUGGGGAACACAACCUUCAUUACCUCAGUGCUCUGCGUAUCGCUGGAACCAAAAUACCUGCUUGUCAACGCCUCGUGGCUUGUGGGGAGUUCAGGCACUUUGGUCAUGGAUUUCAUCAUCUUUGGCCAGUUCUUCGCAUAUGGGAGAGGGAAAAUAGUAAGUUCACCAGCAAGCGUAUAA